CCAUUUUGUCACCGUAAUCAUUCUCCGCCAAUUCAACGUUUGGUGAGCUUCAAAAUUUUUGUGAAAAAUCUGGUUUUAACAGCAGCAAACUUAAAAAUGUUCCGAUACAUGAAAGUAGACCUAGAAGCCAAACCUGAAUUCAUGCAGAAGUAUGGAAAGGAACAAAUUCAUCCAUUUUUCUAUUCCAACUUAGAAUACAUGUCCCUGGACCUACCUACACUACAAGAUAUCUUGGAUAGCGUUAACUUCGAAAUCGACAGGAUUGAAAAACUUGGUCCAGCAAAUAUCAAGAGAAAGCAGGACAUAUAUGAUGCAUUCACAUUUGUUCAGAACAAGCUUUACAUUUCAAUGCAUUACCACAAGUUUUUGCCAGUCAUGGAUGAACUCCUAGACUUAAAAAGGUUUAAAGUUAAAAGGACCCCUGUUGAUCAAUGGCUCUAUGAUAAUAACAGGUACUGGAGAAGACAGCGUAUCUAUGUAUAUCCUCGCAGGAAUAUAUUGAAAAAUAGUAAGGGUCAUGUGGACUUUAGAACUCAUGUACAUUCUGGAACACAAGGGCCGAUCAACAAUGCCUACCGAAGCAUCAAUACUCAAUAUGAGGAAGUGCUUUCAGAUGAUGUGCAUGCUGUUAAAUACCUAUAGAUUUAAAUCUGUUAUCAAAUUUUGUUAACUCUAGUUAUUAAUUUGGUGACAUAAAAAUGUUUGCAUAAGAUCUUUGCAAUAUGUAACUUUCGGCAUAGAAAAAUAAAUUGAAUCUGUGAUUC